AUGGAUACUUCUCGGUCUGUCAAUAAAACAUCAAAUAAAAUUCGUACUCCUGCAAGUAUUGUAGUGAUUCCUUCAUCAACUUGCUCGACACUUACAGCAACAUCAGCUGACACAAAUAAUAUUUGUGCUAUAUGUAUACCUAAUUUCAAUAUUUAAAUUGAAGGAAUAUCCUUAUCUUGUUCUGCUAAAUAGGGAGCUAAAAUACAAUUCAUUGAUUAAUGA